AUGGAAGGGGUCCAACCCCUGGAUGAGAAUGUGAGAAACGCGCCAGUUCUGAGAUUCCAGACACACAAGCUCAUGCUGGUGGCCUCUGUGGUCCAGGGGCUGGGGCUGCUCCUGUGUCUCACCUACAUCUGCCUGCACUUCUAUGCUCCUCAGGUGCCACCUCAGUAUCCUCCAAUUCAAAGUAUCAGAGCACAAUUUAUUGAGUGUGACAAUGAAAAAGGUUUCAUCCUCACAUCCCCAAGCAAAGAGACCAUGAAGAUACAAGACAACUCAAUCCCCAUCGCAUGUGAUGGGUUUUACCUCAUCUCCCUGAAGGGCUACUUCUCCCAGGAGCUCAGCCUCAGCCUUCAUUACAGGAAAGCCCAGAAACCCCUCUUCUCCCAUGACAAGGUCACGUUUGUCGACUCCAUCACUGUGGCCUCUCUGGGUUACAAGGACAAAGUCUACUUGAAUGUGACUACCCAUAAUACCUCCUGUGCAGACAUCCAGGUGAAUGGUGGGGAGUUAAUUCUCAUUCAUCAAAAUCCUGGUGGAUUCUGUGCUAAAUGGGGACCUGAUGGCCACACCUAAGCCAGGCACCAAGCUCAAAUGCCAUAAUGGGGGUGGACAGGACACUGGUUCUUCCUUGGGAGUGGAGGAGUCGUCCCAGAUCAGCCUCCACCUCUGGCUACACAGGAUGUGACCAGAAGAAGAUUCCCCUACUCCCACUCAGGGAUAUUUAAGACUUAUUUUACAUAUCAUUUAAUUUUAUUUAUCCUCAUAUCUUCUAAAGCACCUAGCCCUCAUCCUUUACAAUUGUCUCCAGCCUGUCAGGUACCUCUGCCCAACAAGAAAAUAGGUGCCUCUUCCUCAGGAUACAUUGUUUCUAUUGGUCAGGAAAUGGUCAUAAUAAACUUACUUUAUUGAAAAAGACACUGGACGAGCAUUUGCUGGAAAUCUGGCAUUUGGCGUUGUCGAAAUGAAGAGGACCAAGGAGAGGGGCAAUGAAUCACUCGGAAGUGGUGUGGACACACUGACAGCCGCAGCUGCCUCUCUAGGAUGGAAUGGGCUGCAGUCUGCAUGUUGCCUAAAUACCUCUCACUGGGUGAAGUUAAGAAGGAAAGGCAACUUGUGAACAGCUGUCAGGACUUGGCGAAGAUAAAGAUUACGCUGUCUGGGCUUGUUUUU